GCUAUCGAUUCGGCUAUUUUUUAUUUUAAAUGAGUUUAAAUGCCGCAUUCAUCAUUAGAGAAUUGCCCAAAUAAGAAUUUGGAAAAUUAAUUUAUUUAACACUUGCACUGUGUACAUUUAAUCACAUUAAUUUCACAAAAAGGAAAUUUGUUUAAAUUAUUUGGGACCAAGCCGAUACUAUAAAUGCAAAACUGCAGCAUGCUUUUAGGCGGCCUCUGAACUGAUAUCCAAAAUAUGUACUUUUCCGUUUAUUUUAAAUUGAAAACCUAAAUAGAAAUAAAUACAACUACUAGCAAAUAAUUCGUAUCAAAAUUUAUGGAAUCAGCUGAAUGAAAUACAGUGUGGCAAACGCCCACGCACACUCGCAUUCAGUAUGUGGGCUGUUAUCUGCGACGCCGAGCGGAUCGACAGAGCAGUCAGUGGUGAUAUCAGAGCUGCGGCCAUGUGCCAAGCCGGAGAACAGAGCUCAGUUGCGUACGAGAGCCCAGUGAGCGAGCAUUGGAUAGGAGGCCUACUUAAGACAUUUCCAAAUAAACCCAACCAUGAAGGCGAGCCUGAAGAUAAAGACACCGAUUUCCGGUAUGGAACUACUGCUACUGGGCUUGGCAGCAGCUUCCGUGCCAGGCGCCACUGCAGCCGACACGAAUAUUGGCGGUGUCAAGGCCUUGGAUCGCCUCCAUGCUGGGCUCUUCCUCAACUAUGACAGCCUGGUGCAGCCCCAGUUCGAAAGCGUGCCCACGCCCGUCUCGCUGGGCCUGGUGAUCAACUACAUAGACAUCGAAGAGAUCAACGGCAAGCUGACCGUUCACUGCUAUCUGAAUAUCCGCUGGAAGGACGAGAACCUGACCUGGCAGCCCUCGGAGUACGACAACAUAACGCAGAUCAUUGUGCGUUCCAGUGAGGUGUGGAAGCCGCAGAUCACACUCUUAAACGGCGACGAGGGCGGGCUCCUGGCGGACACCCAGGUGCUGAUAGACCACCAUGGUCACCUACUGCGGGUUCCUCCUGCUGUGUACACCGCCUACUGCAAUCUCAACAUGCAGAACUGGCCGCAAGACGAGCAAACCUGCACCUUGCAGAUCGGCUCGUGGGGCUUAAAGAACAUUGUGGCAGAGAAUAUAACUGACAAGGACGCCGUCCUGGACUACGAUGAGCUGGUGCAGUCGCCCGAGUGGGAGAUUGUGAAUUCUAAGGCGAGGUUCGUCAGCCAGGACUUUUAUGGCUACAUGGAGUACACGCUGACGGCAAAGCGAAGGUCCUCCAUGUACACCGCUGUCAUCUAUACGCCGGCGUCCUGUAUUGUCAUCCUGGCCCUCGCCGCCUUCUGGCUGCCUCCGCACAUGGGUGGCGAGAAGAUAAUGAUCAAUGGAUUGCUCAUCGUCGUCAUUGCGGCCUUCUUUAUGUACUUUGCCCAGCUGGUGCCGGUCCUGGCCAACAAGACGCCGCUAGUGGUCAUCUUCUAUAGCACCACUCUGUUGCUGCUGAGCGUGUCCACGAUAAUUGAGGUGGCCGUGCUGUACCUGGCCACUGUCAGGCACAAGAGACGCAUCCCUGAUGUCCUCAGGAAGCUCCUCCACGGCAAUGUCGGCACCUGGCUGCUGCUCUCGCACUUCUGCAUCCAGCCAGCGCUGCAACAGGCGGAGAAGACCAAUGAGCUCUACGAGCACCAGCAGGAACAGGAGCAGAAUUUUUACGAAAAUGACGAGGAUGAGUCAACGAAUCCCUUGGACAUCAAUCCCAGCGAGGUGCCCGCGUACAAAGCCAUCCAGUUCGACUGGGCGCUGCUGGCCACUGCCGUGGAUCGUGUUUUCUUCGUGGUCUACAGUCUGUCCUUCCUCAUCCUGGCCAUAGUGUGUGCUGUCUAGGAUUAGGAGAGGAACAUGUAAUCCUUAAGCAUCAUUUAUUUUUUAAUCGAUGUGCAAACUUAAAAAUACUUAAUGAUCAGAGCCCUUUGUUGGAAUAAAUAAAGGACCUCUUACAACUAGAA